AGUUUAAAAGGCUGGGGCGCCGCACUCUACUCUAGCAGCAGAGCUAAUCUGAGUGACUGAGACGGGAAAGAGACGAGAGAUACGGCUGGGGACAGAGAAACCCGCCUGCACGGACAGAGGGACAGUCAGCCCGGACAGACACACAGACAAUCAACCGGGACAGCCUCACCGCCCAGACGGGGUUUGGACAAUCUUAGCCUAGCCGACAUGAUGUACCAGGGCUUCACCACCGACUAUGACGCGUCUUCUUCCCGCUGCAGCAGUGCUUCUCCGGCCGGGGAUAGCCUCACCUACUACACUUCCCCGGCGGAUUCCUUUUCUAGCAUGGGCUCGCCUGUCAACCAGCAGGAUUUCUGCACGGACCUCGCUGUCUCCAGUGCCAACUUCGUACCGACAGUGACUGCCAUCUCCACAAGUCCAGAUCUGCAAUGGCUGGUGCAGCCCACCUUAAUCUCUUCAGUGGCACCAUCCCAGAACCGGGCCCAUCCCUACGGGGUCCCUACUUCUCCAGCCAGCGCCUAUUCGAGGGCUGGCAUUGUCAAAAGUACAGGAGGCAGAGGACAAAGCAUUGGCAGAAGGGGCAAAAUCGAACAGCUGUCCCCAGAGGAAGAGGAAAAGAGAAGGAUCAGGAGGGAAAGGAACAAGAUGGCAGCAGCGAAGUGCCGCAACCGGAGGCGAGAACUGACAGACACGCUGCAAGCGGAGACCGAUCAGCUGGAGGAGGAGAAGUCCACGCUGCAGACCGAGAUCGCUAACCUGCUGAAGGAGAAAGAGAAGCUCGAGUUCAUCCUGGCUGCGCACCGGCCAGCUUGCAAGAUCCCCGAGGAGCUGCAGUUCUCCGAGGAGCUCGCUGUCUCCUCGCUGGACCUCAGCGGCCUGGGCGAGGCGCCUGUGCCCAGCCCCCCGGAGUCUGAGGAGGCCGCCUUCGCCCUGCCCAUGCUGCAGGAGGCCGCUCAGCCCGAGCCCCUCCCUGAGCCUCCCAAAGCAAGCAGCAGCCUGGAGCUGAAGCCCGAGCCCUUCGAUGAAUUCCUCUUCCCGCACUCGUCCAGGGAGACUGCCCGCUCCGUGCCCGACAUGGACCUGUCCGGCUCUUCAUCCUUCUACACGGCGGACUGGGAGCCCCUGGCGGCCGGGGCGUGCGGGGAGCUGGAGCCGCUCUGCACCCCGGUGGUGACCUGCACCCCCUGCCCCAGCACUUACACCUCUACUUUCGUCUUCACCUACCCCGAGGCCGACUCCUUCCCCAGCUGUGCAGCCGCGCACAGGAAGGGCAGUAGCAGCAACGAGCCCUCCUCCGACUCGCUCAGCUCCCCGACCCUGCUGGCCUUGUGAGGGGCCGCAGCUCCAGGGCACUGACUGCAGGGCGAGGGGCGAACACGGCGGAACCCGAGCCUCCUAGCUGCUGUUGUGUGUGGGGGGGCCUUUCACUGCAAAAGAUCCACCUUCUUCCUGGGGGGGUUCCCGGAGCGCUACACCCCAGACCUGGGGAGGGCAAAGCGUCCUUCUCCCCCUGGGCGAGCGUAGGCCGGUCCGGCUCUAAAGGACCCUGCGAAGUGACCCGCAGCCAGGCCUCAGACCUCUUCCAGAGAUGUAGCAAAUAGCAUGGAGUUUGUCUUGUCCCCAGUGACCCAUCCAUGAGAGCUGGUAGUCUGUAGCAUGUCCAACAUGGCUGGGUUGGUGACUCCCCUUCCCUACUUAGUAUUCACUAGCAUUAAUUAAUCUCUUG